AUGAUUUUCAAUGUUAUGUCACUCUCUAAAAUUAUUUCAAACCAUUUGCAUCACAUCCAACCGGACCAUUACAUUUUCCCAUAUCCUAGUUUAUUUCCCUGGCCUGUACCUUUUACUGGAUUGCUUUUUAGGCUUCACUUUUUUUUCGAAUCACUUGCAAGUCUCUCAGUUAUAGUAGUGACUGUAGGUGUUGAUUCUAUUUUUACAUUUUUUGUGUUUUUGAUGGUUGGACAAUUACGUGAAAUUUCUUACUCGAUUACUCAUAUUGAUAAAAACAGUGAUAGAAAUAACGUAGCCAAAGAAUGUGUUCGACAAUACUGCAUAGUCCUGAAAUGUCGUGAUAAUCUUCAGAAAAUAUAUGGACCAAUUAUACUGUGCUUGAUGACUACUAAUGCUGUGGUACUAUGUCUAACAAUUUACCAAAUGACUCAGGUAUGGAUUCAAUUAAUAGUUUAUCACUCAAAUAAUCUAUUACCCAAACUCGCUUUUAAUUAUUCAAUACAAUCUUUUUCACCUCUAAAAAUUCUUCUAUUUUUCACUUACAUUUCAUUGAAGCUGAUCCAAACAUACAUGUACUCAUGGUGUGGAACACAUUUAACUACAGAGAGUGAAGAGUGUCGAAAUGCUAUAUAUGCCAGUAAUUGGUAUGGAGAUAAACGUUUCAUGACUGCUAUCACAAUCAUGCUCCAACAAAAACCACUGAUCUUGACAGCUUGUAAUUUCACUACUGUCUCAAUCGAUAUGUUCACUAAAAGUUUGUAA